UGGGUCAAACUUUAACAUCUUUGACCGAAUAUUCUUAUUUGUAUAUAUAAAAAAACAUAUUUAUCCAAUCUGGUUAGAUUCGUCUCAAUGUGUAGUUUCAUAAUAUCAACUUUUUAUAUUUUUUAUUGAUACAGAAUUGAAGAUAUUAAAGGUCAAAGUUACGUCUUGGAGACCGUGUAAAAAAGAAACAAGCACUAUAUUAUGGGACGGAGGGAGUAGUAUCGAGUUGCUUAAGAAUAUGAAUCGUCCUUAUGCAGGGUGUCUUUUUGGCGUGUUUAGUUGAUUGUUUUUCUACUGGAGUAGGUGCUUAUGUUGGAGACAAGCGGAACAUUCUAGACUACAAGCGCAGGUUACUUGCAGCCAAAUAUGAGUUAAGGCGAAAGCUCUACAAAGCAUUGUGCAAAGAUCCGGAACUUCCUAGUAACACGAAAGAGAAACACCGGUACAAGCUGUCCAAGCUUCCAAUAAACAGCGUCUUCAAUCGACUGAGGAACUGCUGUAUCUUCACAGGGCGUCCUCGUGCUGUAUAUGAGAAAUUCCGGAUGUCCCGUAUAGUGUUCCGAGAGUUGGCAUCCUGGUAACCAAUUUUCUUCUGUUAUAAUAGGACUGGGAUCUUUGUCUUUUUUUGUUCACCUUCAUUGUGAAUUUGUGAUAACUUAGCUUUAUGCUCUAAUCUGCUCAAUUAUGAACCUUUACCAGCUGAAUAUUUUGGAAACAAUUUUCAUAACCUGAUUUUACUUAAAUGAAGAACUUGUUAUGGUA